AUGCUCUCCGGACUUAACGUCGUCCGAUAUAUUCCUUCCUUCUGGGUCGGUGUAGACUUCGUUCCUAACUUGACUGUAUCAAGAGUCAUCCUCAUGUGUUGGAUUCUCCAGUGCUUCCUGAAUCGACUUUUCCUUCUUCGAGCGUGUUGGUCCCCCAAUCACCUGACUGAAUAUUUUAGCUUUUUCGACAAGCUCAUGACAGACACCUGCUGUGUACACCUCAAUCCUACCUGUAACAAGUCUCGAUGGUACUCAAUCGUCACCGUCAUUCUGGCAUGGUUUGUCAUCAUACUUACCACAAGCUCAAACGUGUUUUACAUGGUGACCUCCACUGAUCCAGGAUACAUAGUGGCACUUUGUAAUCCGUUUCCAGAACAUCUUGGCCUUAAAAUCUUCUUCCUUGUUUUGCACACCAUUGAAAUAGGAGCGUGGGCGUUGCCCGUUGGAUUGUAGGUCACCUUAUUUAUCAUUCUCAGAGAUAAGUUUUCAAGCUAUACAAACGAACUGUGUAAAAUAACGAAAGACGAAAAUAUAAAUCUUUGGCAGAAGAUGAAGGAUAUCCGACUAAAACAUCUCCAGUUGUGUAAAGCUGUGGCCAUUCUGGAACAAGACACCAAAUAUUUAAUCUCCGUCAACUUUUGCACCAAUAUUUUCCUGAUAUGUUUCAUCCUGUAUCAGAUUGUUGCUACAAAUUCGACAAUAUCUCUUAUGGGAUAUAUUACCUUCAGCUUUUGGCUUGUCAUGAAUUUCAGCUUCAUAUCCUCAUUGUCAAUCACGGCGGCACAGGUCAACGAACAGGCUCAUUCUCCAUUAGACUAUAUAUUUGAUGUGGAGAUGGACGAUAUGUCUCGGAGUGAAGCGUUACAGUUACAGCUGUUUCUGUCCAAGCUGAACGGACCAGCUAUAGGAUUUACAGUAAUGGGCCUAAUAACCAUUACUAAGGAGCUCAUUCUCACUUUGACGGGAGUCGUAUUGACCUAUUUCUUCUUGCUGUUGCAGUUUAAUAUUUAAACUACAUUGUUAAAAAAUAUAAUAGAUUGGUAUUUUGAUGUCUGAUUACCGCAGUAUAAUUAGUUGUCCUCACAACUAGGGAUGGUUAUCUUUCGUAUAUAUUAUAUCAAGUAUACUUUGUUUACUUCUGAUGUUGUCCCAGAGACAUCCCCAUACGAUAUUGAUCCUAGUUAUUUGACGUUUAAUCCAAAACUAACAUUAUAACUGAUACCAAAGCGCUGAUGUAGAUUGAAUUUCAGUUCUGGUUACUUUUACAAGUACCUGAUUUACCAUCUAACUUAAUCCUUACGA